AUGCUUUCCAUCAAGAAACUCGCACUAAUCUUAGUAGCAACAACACCACUUGGCAAUGGCUCACCUGUGGCUUACACCAAUGGUGCUGGUGCUAUCCUGGGAAAGUAUAUUGUUACACUAAAAGACGGUAUUAGCACCAAUGACUUUAAUACUCAUGUGAACUGGGUGCGAAUUGCUCAUGAGCACAGCCUCGGCCGCAGACAACUUGGAUUUUCCGGGGUUGAGAAAACGUACAGCGUAGGAACCUUCAAUGCCUACGCUGGCCACUUUGACGACGAAACUCUGGAGAGAAUCAAAAGCAGCGCUGAUGUUGCGGAUAUUGAGCAACAGGCCCUGUUUUACCCCCAUGGGUGGGCUGUUCAGAAGAAUGUGACGCAUGGUCUUGCCACGAUUUCGCAUAGGGAGCCCGGAUCAAACGAAUAUGUAUAUGACGAGAGUGCCGGUGCCGGAACUACUGUAUAUGUUGUCGACAGUGGUAUUCAGCUCGAUCAUCCAGAAUUUGAGGGCCGCGCCACGCACGGAUUCAAUGCAAUGCAAACAGUGCCUGAUGACGAUGUAAUGGGACACGGCACCCACGUCGCUGGGAUCGUUGGUAGCAAGACAUUUGGUGUUGCUAAGAAGACGAAGCUGGUGAGCGUCAAGAUAUUCCAUGACUCAGGCUCUACAACCCAGAUCAUUUUGGACGCGAUUGAGUGGACUAUUAAGGAUAUUACUGCCAAAGCGAUCCAGAACCGAGCUGUUAUUAACAUGUCCUUCGGUGGUGCGGACUCUGCUGCGACAAAUAAGAUGAUAAAAGCUGCAUACGACGCAGGGAUUCUGUGUGUUAUCUCGGCUGGUAAUGAGGGAAAGGAUGCUAACCUUUCGUCCCCUGCCAACUCACCCCAUGGCAUCACGGUAGCAGCAGUUGAUCUCAACUGGAGGUUAUGGAAACACUCUAAUUACGGUUCAGUCGUUCAUGUUUUGGCUGCGGGCGAAGAUGUCCUGUCUCUCUUCCCUACUAACAAGACUCUUCUCAUGAACGGCACCUCGCAAGCGGCACCGCAUGUUGCUGGCUUGGCUGCCUACCUGAUUGCUGCUGAAAAGCCCAAUUCCGCGAAGGAGCUCAAGGAUCGCAUAAUAUCUUUGGGGACGAGCGGCAAAGCCACCAAUGUCCCGCCAGGCACCGUAAAUUUGGUUGCCUUCAAUGGUCGUGGAGACGGAAUAAAUGACAGGCCAAACGAAAAAGAAGUCAGCAAGGCUUAA